AUGCCAGACGAACCAAGACGCUCAGGCCGAGCCACAAAAGGCCAGCACAAGAACCUCGAACUCCCAGCUGAUGCCCCCGCGAAGAAAGGCAAAGUGAAAGGCCCGAAAGACAAGAACAGCAAAGCCUCCGCCGAGCCGACCCCGGGACCUAGUGAGGAUGGGGAAGAGGAAGAGAUAAUCCGAUGCAUCUGCGGCGAAUACGAGGAAGAGGAGGAUGUGGAACGCGAUAUGAUCUGUUGUGAUCAAUGCUCUGCGUGGCAACACAACGACUGCAUGGGCCUCACGUUCGCCAAGGGUCAGGAACCGGAUCAAUACUACUGUGAACAAUGCCGACCGGAGAACCACAAAUUCCUUCUGGAUAAGAUUGCCAGAGGAGAGAAACCAUGGGAAGAAGUUGCAGACAGACGGAGGAAGGAGGCCGAAGAGAAGAAGUCCAAGCGCAAGAAGGGCAAGAAAGGCAGCCGGAAGAGCCAGGGCAGGACAGAGACUAGCACACCAGCUCGCGCUGGUACCUCUGCAACACCUGGUCCUGGCAUGUCCCCUGCCCCAGCUGCUUCGGUAUCGGUCGAACCAGAAAAGAACGCCCAGGGUGCAGACUCACGAAGGUCCAGCACAAACAAGCGCAAGCUUGAGGAUGACACGGAAGCACAUAUGGAGCCUCAAGUCAAACAACAACGAAUUUCUCCAGAACCCGCCCAACAAACACCCGCGAGAGAAACACCAAAGCCCAAGACUGAGCCCACUCCGGACACGCCUACUACAAUGGGCAAUGUGGAAGAUCUGGUGAUCCCCGCGCGCAAAAGCGCGGCCGGUGCACUCAUCAAGCUAUUUGUAGAACAGCUUGCGACGUCUCAGCCGAAAGGCGUUUCCGCUGGAGAAUCAGCAGAGAAUGCUGCACGCCAACUUGGUCUCGCCAUCGAGGAUGCCUUGUAUCGAAAUUUAUGUGGACAGACGGGCGAGCCUAACGAGGCAUAUAAAGCGCAGUUACGAACGAUCGUAUUCAACGUAAAGAAGAAUCCUUCACUACGAGAACGGUUGCUCGUAGGUACUCUCUCCUCAGAUUCCCUGUCUAGGAUGAAGCCAGAGGAGAUGGCGAGCGAAGAACUGCAACAAAAAGAUGCAGAAAUCAAACGUGAAUCAGAACGACAACAUAUCAUUGUACAGGAGCAAGGUCCUCGUAUUCGACGAACACACAAGGGUGAGGAACUGAUCGAAGACGAAACUCACGCUGCAACGGAGUCGGUAUUCUCUGCACCACCUCGUCGUGCUACUGAAACGGAGGCUAGUCCUGGUGACCAAAGCCCCUCUUCGAAACAGCAGCAGGGCACCAAGACCGAGAGACACGCACGAGGACCAUCGCCAACAGGCGAACACCACGACCAUGUCUUCCCCGAAGUUGAAACCAACAUUCGCGAACCCGUGCCUCAUGACAGAAUUCAAGCCGAUGCUGAGAUUGACGAUCUACUACGUGAUGACGAGCCCGAAUCCCCUCCCUACUCGCCAAAGGAUUUCAGCGACGACGGCAUUGUUUGGCGUGGCAAGGUUGCCAUGGCGUCUCUCGCCGAGUUCAUGUCCUCUGCCAAGCAUGUUGGAGGAGCAGACCUCAGUGGUCGUAUUCCAUGGAGUCAGCUUGCGCCGUCAACAUUGCUGGUUGACGGUCGAAUUGAUAUCAAGCUUGCCAGCAACUAUCUCUGUGGUCUGCGAUUCAGCUCCUCCACCGACGUGUCUGUAAUUGCGGUCGGUAGCCCUGAUAUGCCUAGCGAGAAAGCCGGUUUCGACAAGCUUUUCGAAUACUUCCAGGGCCGUAAGCGCUACGGUGUUAUUGGACAGCACCCGCUUUCUGCCGUCAAGGAUACUUACAUUGUUCCUAUCGAGGCCGGUGCCACAACUAAGCCUGAAUUUAUAGAGCUGUUGGAAAACAACUCUCUUGAAGGUCCGAUCCAUGAGCGCAUGUUGCUAGUUGUCUUUGUGGUCAAGACGGGCGAUUCCAACCCACCCUCUGUUCAGCCACCCUCUCACCAACCCAGCCUCGAGCCAGGAAUCACCGCCAGCCCUCUAACUGCCGCUGUCGCCACGCCUCAGCCGAGCUUUGGCUUCCCCCCCAACUGGUCAAACACCACCCAAUAUCGCAUCGCGGCCGCAAUCCAAGUUCUGGGACCUCAAGUGAAUGAGCCUGCCAUCCAGCAACUUCUCAAAACUGCACCCAACGUGGAAGUGGCGCAGUUGAACGUCGUUCGCGACAUUCUGGUCCGCCAGCCAGCUGCAGCCGUUAAUUAUGAUACUCUCAUGAAUGCGCUCUUCGAGAUUCAGCAGAACGGCAACGUCCCGCAGGCGAAUGCCUGA